UUCUUGCCCCAUGGUUCCAAGUUCUUCGGGGAGACAGAUUGUCUUGUUAACCUUUGUAUUCCCUCAUAAUACCCUGCGUGUAGUUGGUGGUCAUUAUUUAUGGCUUUGCAUUAAUUUUUCUGAGGAUACUAAGACGAUGUUAGACUACUUGCUAUUGGCUUUGCUUGACCUCACCUAACACUCUGCCGUCAUGUUCCUGUUCGGGUUUUGGGCUAAGUCAGUAUGGGCAACAACAACAAAAAUAACAGAUGGACACACGUGAAAUUGUAAAUUUUAAUGCAUUACAUCAGAGGAUAGGAACAUAAGUGACUUCUGGGUGGGUCCUCCUCAGUCCAAGGUCGAUGUUUUGGGUAAAUUUAGGCUCCCAGUCUUUUUGCCCCUGUGGUUUUCACAGGGAUGCUCUCAAAGGCCUUCCGGAAGCAACCCGGGGAGAUGGAGCGCUCAGUUUUCCUGGAAUUACACGAGCACAUACACACACAGGACGCAGACUACGCACGCGGCACAGGAAGGACCCGUGGCUGGGUUGUUUCUUUUACCUGCCUCCACCUGGAAAGCUCCUUCUCACCACCUCUGCCCGUUACAAGGACACCUUUCCUACUUACUCUCCCGACGGCCUUACCGGCUGCGUUGACUUCGGCUGCCCAACACCUCGGGAGGCCCCGCCGCUAGGUGACCGCGGCCGCUCGCUCUCCGUCCGCCCAGGCCCGAACGGCCGACCGCGCAUGCGCACGGCGCCGCUCCCCGCCCCCACCGCGCGCCCGCGCCCAACGCCCCUAACACGGCCCGCCGGGCCAUGGAACCCGCCGAAGUUGGCGCGGUUCGAGCUCUCCCGUUCGCUCGCUUGGGCGCCUUCCCCCCGUGAGGCCCGCGGGCGCUCGGCCGGGGCUCGGCGACCGCCCGAGCCGCUCCGCCCGCCUCCGCCGCUCGGCCGGGUGCGCGCCGCGCCCCCGCGCCCGGUCCCCGCGCGUGCGCGCUCCGCCGAGUGUAUGUGUGUGAGUGUGUGUGCGGCCGAGGGGUGGGCCGCCGCCGCCGCCGCCGCCGACGAUGCCGCGGGGCCGCCCCCCGAAGCCCAAGGAGAGCAAGGCGCGCGGCGACACCGAUGGAGUUUUAACAUUGAAUGCGGAGAACACUAAUUAUGCCUAUCAAGUUCCAAACUUCCAUAAAUGUGAAAUCUGUCUGCUAUCUUUUCCAAAAGAGUCCCAGUUUCAACGCCACAUGAGGGAUCACGAGCGAAAUGACAAGCCACAUCGAUGUGACCAGUGCCCCCAAACCUUUAAUGUUGAGUUCAACUUGACACUUCACAAAUGUACCCACAAUGGGGAGGAUCCCACCUGUCCCGUGUGUAACAAGAAAUUCUCCAGAGUGGCUAGUCUCAAAGCACAUGUUAUGCUGCAUGAGAAGGAAGAGAACCUCAUCUGCUCUGAGUGUGGGGAUGAGUUCACCCUGCAGAGCCAGCUGGCCGUCCACAUGGAGGAGCACCGCCAGGAGCUGGCUGCGAGCCGGACUCACGCCUGCAAGGCCUGCGGGGAGGGGUUCGAGACGCCACCACAGCUGAAGGAGCACAUGAAGACUCACUAUAAAGUUAGGGUGUCAAGUACAAGGUCUUAUAAUCGGAACAUCGACAGGAGUGGAUUCACGUAUUCAUGCCCACACUGUGGAAAGACGUUCCAAAAGCCAAGUCAGUUAACUCGGCAUAUUAGGAUACACACAGGUGAAAGACCAUUUAAAUGUAGCGAAUGUGGAAAAGCUUUUAACCAGAAGGGGGCGCUGCAAACUCACAUGAUUAAGCAUACAGGUGAAAAACCCCACGCCUGUGCCUUUUGUCCUGCCGCUUUUUCUCAGAAAGGGAAUCUCCAGUCACAUGUGCAGAGAGUUCACUCAGAGGUCAAGAGUGGCCCUACCUAUAAUUGUACAGAAUGUAGUUGUGUAUUUAAAAGUUUAGGUAGCUUGAACACUCAUAUCAGCAAGAUGCAUAUGGGUGGGCCACAGAAUUCAACAAGUGCUGCAGAGACUGCUCACGUUUUAACGGCCACGCUGUUUCAGACUUUACCUCUUCAGCAGACGGAAGCCCAGGUCGCGUCUGCUCCGAGUCAGCAGAGUUCCCAGGCGGUGGCCGAUGUCAUCCAGCAGCUGCUGGAGCUGUCGGAGCCGGGGCCUGCGGGGUCCAGCCAGCCGCCUCAGGCUGCCCAGCAGCUGAGCAUCACGGUGGGGGUCAGCCAGGACAUCCUGCAGCAAGCCUUAGAAAACAGUGGGCUGUCUUCAAUUCCAGUUGCAGCGCAUCCCAGCGACCCCAGCCACACCAAGGCCGCGGCUGCUCAGGGCCAGACUCCAGACGCUCCCAACGUUUCAAGGGAGCCAGCUGACCCUACGGCUGCAGAGCGAGAAGAAGAACAGGAGACCACAGAGAAGUUGGAUAAAAAAGAAAAAAAGAUUAUAAAGAAGAAAUCGCCGUUUCUACCUGGGUCGAUCCGCGAGGAGAACGGUGUGCGAUGGCACGUGUGUCCCUACUGCACCAAGGAGUUCCGCAAGCCCAGCGACCUGGUGCGCCACAUACGCAUCCACACCCACGAGAAGCCCUUCAAGUGCCCACAGUGCUUCCGGGCCUUCGCCGUGAAGAGCACGCUGACGGCCCACGUCAAAACGCACACGGGCAUCAAGGCGUUCAAGUGCCAGUGCUGCAUGAAGAGCUUCUCCACCUCGGGAAGCCUCAAGGUGCACAUUCGCCUGCACACAGGAGUCAGACCUUUUGCUUGUCCUCACUGUGACAAGAAAUUUCGAACCUCAGGCCACAGGAAGACUCACAUUGCUUCUCACUUUAAACACACGGAGUUAAGAAAGAUGAGGCACCAGCGUAAACCUGCAAAGGUUCGUGUUGGCAAGGCGAACGUUCCAGUCCCCGAUAUUCCUUUGCAGGAGCCGAUCCUCAUAACAGACGUAGGUCUUAUCCAGCCCAUUCCAAGAAACCAGCUUUUUCAAAGUUAUUUUAAUAAUAAUUUUGUAAAUGAAGCAGAUAGACCAUACAAGUGUUUUUACUGUCAUCGUGCCUAUAAAAAAUCUUGCCAUCUUAAACAACACAUCAGAUCACAUACAGGUGAAAAGCCUUUUAAAUGUUCUCAGUGUGGAAGAGGCUUUGUUUCUGCAGGAGUGCUCAAAGCACACGUCCGAACGCACACUGGACUUAAAUCUUUCAAGUGUCUGAUAUGUAAUGGAGCUUUCACUACUGGUGGUAGCUUACGGCGACAUAUGGGCAUCCAUAACGACCUUCGUCCCUAUAUGUGUCCCUAUUGCCAGAAAACAUUUAAGACCUCACUAAAUUGCAAAAAGCACAUGAAAACCCAUAGAUUUGAGCUUGCCCAGCAGCUCCGGCAGCACCAGCAGGCCUGCCCGAUAGAUGACGGCGCCGUGGACCAGCAGGGCAUGCACGUGCCCACCCAGGUGCAGGUGGAGAUUGAGAACGCCGCGCUGCAGCCGACCGCUGAGGCCGUGGCCGACAACCCCGGGGCCGUGCUGGACCUGGGGCCGCCUGCCGGCGUGGAGGCGGGGCUCGGCCAGCAGAUGGCGGGUCAGCCUUUGGAAGCAGAUGAAGACAGGCUUGUGGUCCAGCAGCGCACCCUGGAGGGGCACGUGGGCCAGUACGAGCAGCAGGCCCCCCCGCCGCAGCCCUUCGAGCCAGCGGGCCUGUCACAGGGUUUUACAGUGACUGAUGCAUACAAUCAACAGACUCAGUUUCCACCCGUCCAACAGUUACAAGAUUCUAGCACACUGGAGUCUCAAGCCCUGUCCACGAGCUUCCAUCAGCAGAACUUACUUCCGGUUCCUAGCUCUGAUACCAUUAAUGUAGCAAGUCGUUUGAUUCAGGAGUCAUCCCAGCAGGAGCUGGAGCUGCAGGCGCCACGUCCCCCGUUCCUGGAGGACAGCGAGGAGCAGAGCCGGCGCUCCUACAGAUGUGACUAUUGCAACAAAGGCUUUAAGAAGUCCAGCCACUUGAAGCAGCACGUGCGGUCACACACCGGGGAGAAGCCCUACAAGUGCAAGCUCUGUGGACGUGGCUUCGUUUCCUCUGGGGUCCUCAAGUCCCACGAGAAGACACACACAGGAGAAAAGGCGUUCAGCUGCAGCGUCUGCAACGCUUCCUUCACAACCAACGGCAGCCUCACCAGGCACACGGCCACGCACAUGAGCAUGAAGCCCUACAAGUGUCCGUUUUGCGAGCAGGGUUUCCGAACCACAGUUCAUUGUAAAAAGCACAUGAAGAGGCACCAGACAGUCCCCUCGGCUGGGUCAGCACCGGGAGAGGCGGAAGGAGGAGAGAUGGGUCUGGAGGAAGAGGAAGACAGUUCUGAAAGAAAUGUGUCUAGAAAGGCUCGUCCCGAGGUCAUCACCUUCACAGAGGAGGAGACGGCGCAGCUGGCCAGGAUUCGGCCGCAGGAAAGUGCCACCGUCUCAGAGCAGGUGCUGGUGCAGUCGGCCGCCGAGAAGGACCGCAUCAGCGAGAUGAAGGACAGGCAGGCAGAGCUGGAGGCCGAGCCCAAGCACGCCAACUGCUGCUCCUACUGCCCCAAGAGCUUCAAGAAGCCCAGCGACCUGGUCAGGCAUGUUCGAAUCCACACUGGAGAAAAGCCAUAUAAAUGCGAUGAAUGUGGGAAGAGUUUCACUGUUAAAUCUACCCUAGACUGCCAUGUGAAGACUCACACAGGUCAGAAGCUCUUCAGCUGCCACGUCUGCAGCAACGCCUUCUCCACCAAGGGGAGCCUGAAGGUCCACAUGCGUUUGCACACAGGAGCAAAGCCGUUCAAGUGUCCCCACUGUGAGCUGCGUUUCCGCACGUCUGGGCGGAGGAAGACUCACAUGCAGUUUCACUACAAACCGGACCCCAAGAAAGCCAGGAAGCCCGGGCCCCGGGGGCCGCUGGAAGGGCCGCAGCCCGUGAGCGCGCCCCCUCCGCCCUCCUCCGACCCCAGCGUGUUCAUCAUGAACAGCCCCGUGCUGGCGGGGCAGCUGGACCAGAGUCUGCUGCAGCAGGGCCUGCUGGGCCAGGCCGUCCUUCCCGCCUCCGUGUCCGCUGGUGGCGACUGGACAGUGUCUUUGACAGAUGGAAGCCUGGCCACCCUCGAGGGCAUACAGUUACAGCUGGCUGCUAACUUGGUUGCACCCAGCGUUCAAAUCUCUGGGAUCGACGCUUCCAGCAUUAAUAAUAUCACACUACAGAUUGACCCAAGCGUCCUGCAGCAGACGCUACAGCAGGGUAACCUGCUUGCUCCGCAGCCGACCUCGGAGCCCGGCCUGGCCCCGCAGCACAGCUCCCUUCAGACACCAGACAGUACGGUCCCGGCCAGUGUGGUCCUCCAGCCCAUCUCAGGCCUGUCCUUGCAGCCCACGGUGACGUCUGCCAACCUGACCAUAGGCCCACUCUCGGAGCAGGAUUCCGUGCUGACCACCAGCAGCAGUGGGACGCAAGACCUCUCUCAGGUGAUGACAUCACAAGGCCUGGUGUCCACCUCCAGUGGCCCCCACGAGAUCACCCUGACCAUUAACAACUCGAGCCUGAGCCAGGUGCUGGCGCAGGCUGCUGGGCCCGCCGCCGCGUCGCCCUCGGGGUCGCCGCAGGAAAUUACCCUGACCAUCUCCGGUCAAGAUCUUAUACAGCACAGUUCUAAUGGAAGUAGUGAACUGAACGGAAGCAUAAGAUUAUCAGCACCUGCAAUCAAUAAUCAAUCUACGGGUGCCACCUUGACCAUAAGCAAUGAUCAACUUCUCUCACAGAGUGCAACGUUAAACGCUUCAGAACUUAAUGCCACAGCUGGAAGCCUGCCUUUGACAACACCCAUGUCCCCGUCUGCCACAUCUGCCCAGAACCUGGUCAUGUCCUCAUCGGGGGUCGGGGGAGAGGCCAGCGUCACACUGACCCUGGCUGACACUCAGGGUUUGCUCUCCGGGGGGCUGGACACGGUCACGCUCAACAUCGCUUCUCAGGGUCAGCAGUUCCCAGCCUUGCUCACGGACCCCGCUCUCUCGGGCCCUGGGGGUGCGGGCUCGCCCCAGGUCAUUCUGGUGAGCCCCACUCCACAGCCGUCGGCAGCCUGUGAAGAAAUCACCUAUCAGGUGACGGGCGUGUCUCCUAACCUGGCCCAGGGUGGGCAGCCCGAGAAGGAGGGCCGGCUGCACCAGUGCCUGGAGUGUGGCCGCACCUUCGCCUCGGCCGCCCUGCUGCUGCACCACAGCAAGGAGCUGCACGGCCGGGAGCGCAUCCACGUCUGCCCCGUGUGCAGGAAGGCCUUCAAGCGCGCCACGCACCUCAAGGAGCACAUGCAGACACAUCAAGCCGGUCCUUCCUUGAGCUCUCAGAAGCCGAGGGUGUUCAGAUGUGACACUUGUGAGAAGGCCUUUGCCAAACCAAGCCAGCUGGAGCGACACAGCCGCAUCCACACAGGGGAGCGGCCGUUCCACUGCACCCUCUGCGAGAAGGCCUUCAACCAGAAGAGCGCGCUGCAGGUGCACAUGAAGAAGCACACGGGGGAGCGGCCCUACCGGUGCAACUACUGCGUCAUGGGCUUCACGCAGAAGAGCAACAUGAAGCUGCACAUGAAGCGGGCCCACAGCUACGCGGCAGGAACCUUGCAGGAGCCCGGCGGCGCCCAGGAGCACGGAGGGGAGGUGCUGAGCCGUGUUCUCCACCUGGACGAGGUGGUGCCCGAACCUGCGAGCGAGUGGCAGACCCUGGCCAACGUGUUCUGACGCAGCCCGACCCUGAGGACGUUUCCAGAGCGAAGUGUGGGGAAGAACAAAGCACUUGGGAUUUCUGUUUUGAAGCCUCAAGUGUUAAAAAUGUUACCACAAUAGCUAUAAAAUUUUUAGCUAUAAAAUUAUCUAAAGAAUCAUUGACUUUCAGAGACUUCAGGAAGAAAGCUGGGAAAGAUGGAAGCACGUUGCUGUCGUUCAUCUGCAAAUCACUGAACUCAGGUACUACAUCAGCAGUCUCACCUACUCCGUGGCCAGUGCGUCUAGUUAAAAAGAAAUUAACUGGAUCUUACUCUCAUUGUAGUGUGAUUUCUUUGUAUUAGCAAAGACACAAGUUAACGUGGAAAAACCCAGAUAGGUUUUCCUUCAUGCUUUCUGUUAUAAGAAGCAUAGCUCAUGAAACAAACAUAAGAUAGGUGCAUGAAGUUCGGAAAAAAUGUUACAACACGCAGGGAAGUUUUUUCCAUCUUCUUCUCUGUGAAUUUUGAAAUUAGUAGAAAUGGACUCUAACUUUUAGUCUACCAUAAGUUAAUAUAACUAGUACCUUGAGAGACGGCUGGACCAGUUCUCUCUCCAUUACAAAUAUCUAAUCAUUAGUGACAGGAGCGCAGCGUCGGGGGCGUACACCCGGGGAGUAGAGCAACCCUGACCCACAGGUGAGGACCCAGCUGUCCGCGCGGGCUGAUGCCACUCGCGCUGCCCGCGCUGAUAACUCGGGUACACGGGUCGGCUACCACAGAAAGCACAAGCCGUGCGCUGCAGGUCAGAAAUCACAGAAUGGUCUCCUGGGAACAAAGGGACUGCAGCCCUGUCCGCCUCAGUAAUUAAGAGCGUAUUUGUACUUUGAGGGUAAGAACCUGUACGAGCCCCAUGGUUUUCUCUUCGUGCAUAAGCAGGUGUAUUUUUUAUUUCAGGGAAUUCUUUAGUAUCAUCAAUGGUGCCACGUUGAACAUGUCCCAAACCAAAUCCUUCCCCGCCCUGGGGCAGAGUGUGUGUCGUUCCCACAGCAUUCCAAAGAUGGAAACUUCUUUACUUCAUGUGAAUCUCUCCUUUGAAAUUAUUUAUAUGUUCUAUAUAUAAAUACAUAUGUACAUAUACAGAUAUAUGGGCCUCUGUGUGGCCGAACAGUAUAUUUUGUAAAUAAGCACUAGUCCCAGUUACAGAGAGAGCGACAGAGUUUUUACCUCCCAACGAGCACUUCAGAUCAGUAUUGUAUUCGUUUUAUUAAUAAAUGGAUAUCCUUGUCAUUGUGACAUAAAGCUGGGGUUGGUUUUUUGUUUUGUUUUUCCUGAAAAAUAAUCGCCUUUAUUUUCUCUCUCAUUGCCUCGCUGGCUUCAGAAGAGAGCAGUUUUAUUAUAUAAAUAUUGUGUGGACUUUGUAUAUUAAGAGAGGAGCUCAUUUCAGAUUCCUGAAGAAAGAGACAUUUCACUGUUUUUUUGGGGGCAUCUUUUUGAUUUUUUGUUGUUCACGCUUCUGGCAUAUGUAUAUAAGUAAUAUUGAUAGUGAUAUAAAACCUUUUGUUAUGUGAAAAUAUUUAAGUCAGAAAACUGUUAAAUAAUAUUACUUUUUUUUUUCAAACUGCUUUAUGUAUUGUAUAUUUUUUUAAGGGAGAAAAAAAAAAAAAAAGCCUUAUUUGACUUAUUCUUGUGAUGCUGGACUUGUAUAUCCUGAGGUUUUUCUUGGAUGUCAGUGUGUAUACCUGGCUGCAGUCUGUUAUUCAGAAUAAUUGUAAUUGCGCCAGAGUUUAAAGGUUCUGCUUUUAAUGCACUUUUCUUUUAUAAUUUUGUUUUAAACUAUUUUAGUAAUGUUGAUUAAUUUUGUUGAACAAAUAUCUCCAAAGUUGAAAUGAUUGAAAUAUUAAAAAUUUUGUUCUUGCUAGGUUAUUUAUUUUGGUUUCAGCAUUAAAUGUCAUCUCAGGUCAGUCUCUAAAAGGGGUUUGUUUAAUUCCUAAUUGUAUAGAAAGCAUAGUUCAGUGAAUUGUAUUGGUGCACUGCCCAAGUAAGGCCUUACCAGGUGAAUCUAAAGCCUUUGGUUAAAGAAAAAAAAAAAAAAUCUAUCAAUAAUUCGUUUUGUGAGUUUUCUCAGUUUAUUAUCAGGCAAACACAAGACAUUAAUGUAUUCUUUUGAUUUACUUCCUAAUUAUAAAAGCUGCUUCUUUGCAAGACAUUCCUUGAAAAAUAAGGUUUUGUAAAGACAUAAUAUCACUUGAACUUUUUGGUGGAGUGGAGUACAGGUUGAUCUUUAUACUUUACUGGUUGAUAAAAAGUCUUCUGACAAGAGAUUUCUAGUCUCCUGCAUAACCAGGGUUUUGAGGAUAGAUAAUUGUAUUUUUUAAAAUAUCUCAUCAUAGCGUAUCUGCUUUGGAAAUAACAAUAAAUAAAAAAUGAA